AUACACGUCUGUGAAUGAAUGAAAAGUGUUAGUGUUACUAAGGUUUUUAUUAUUUUAUAUUUCAGUUAAAUGUGAUUUUCUUGAUGGAACCAGUAGGCCUUGGUGAUAUGUUGAUGUGUUCAGUUAUCUGCAGUGACUAAUGCUGCAUUCGAGGCCUUGUAAAUGGUAGUUAGCAAUUUGUGAUGAUGUCAUUUCCCACCUCGUCAGUGAGUGUAAAAAAAACUCCACAAAAGCCUGUUUUUUGUUUUUAGAGCAUAAAAAGCUACUUUAACUGCACUUUUACAGGUACAGGCCGAAGUGGCUAUUGGUACUGUUAUACUACAGUGAACGUAAAACAUUCAUGCAACACAUUGGACUAAAAAUUGCAGUACAGCAACAACAGUGGACAGUAGCCAGUAGCAUUAGCAACAAGCUAGCCAGCAGAUAAUAUCAAGUGGUCUUAGCAACAAGCUAACUGGCUAAUGUUAGUGAUAACUCUAAUGUUGUUGAUUACUUUCUCAGAACAGUAUGAUCAAUAUUGUAGAUUAUAGAUUUAGUUAAAGCCGAUACUGCUGUAAACUAAUAUAAAUAUAGAGAUGGGGAACUUUACACUGUUCACAGUGUGAGCAGCCUUGUUGAUUUGACUUCGUUCUGUAAACAAGGGGAACUGGUAGUUGAGAAAACUAGCCCAAGCUGAGGGGGCAUUUUUGUGGCUUUCUUUUGGUUGUAGGAGGGAAAUUAAGAGUUGCGACUUCGCCUUGAACGCAGCAUAAGAUGCAGUCAUGCUAAUGACACAAUUUACACAUUUUUCGGAGGGAAAGUAGAUGGAAAACUAAAGACUCAUUAUUUUAAACUGCUUGUGUAAAUGGCUAAUAUUACACAUAAUAUUCAUACUUGUACUUAUCUUGCAAAUAAAAGUGCAGCAGCUUACCAAAAUACUCUAAAUUAUGACUCUUGUGAUCAGUGAAGGCUACAAAUACAAGGAAAAAAGUAGCCGACGGAUUAACUAAAUUUCUCGUAAAGUAAUGGCAUAUGAGGAAAAAAAAUGCAAGAUGUUCACUACAUCACAAAUGCACUUUAAGUGAAACAAAUGGUGUAUGCAAAACAAAUGACACAAAUGUGCAUACUAAAGGUAUAUUGUGAGGCAGGAAGGCUUAGGAAGGAAGUCGUCAUAUCUGUUUCAAAUGUUUAGAUGGGGAGGUAUGUUAGGUUUCACCCAGCCCUAGUAAAGUUAUUUCAUGUGAUGUAAGUUGUGACAUGAAAAUGUUGUGUUUAGAUAGUAUGCUAUGCAUCUAACUACAGAAUGUUCCAGUCAAAACCCACUGCAUUGUUGCCUGUUCCUCUGUUAAAGUAAUGUUGGCUAAGUCUGGUUAAAAUACAAUGUUGUCUGUCUGAGAAAAUGUAGGGUCAAACUAGGGCCUAGGUUCUUGCAAACAUCUGACUCCACAUGGAGACCUGUACCGCACCUGUUUGACCCACAUGCCACAAAUCUGCAACACAUCCACAGUUUUGUGUGCUGAAUAGUGGGUGGUCACAGAAAAGCGUCACAAGCCUUUUUACUCCCUUCCACUAAAACCAGCACCAGUCAUCAGAAAGACAUGAAUAUGCGAAUGGCUGUUCUUGGGAACAUGGCAGAUGUUUGGAUUAGCUGGUGCCUCUCCAUCACACAUUACUUCUGGCACACAAGCUGUUGAGUAAAGCGACAAAUUAGACUGGCCCUGCUGGUUUUUUUUUUUCUUUCGUUCUUUUCUUUUUCUUUUUUUUUCUGUGCUGUCUCUAGUGCAUUUUAAUAGCUUUUCCAAAACCAUCUAAGAAAAACACCUCUAAUGACUGCCAGAGACCAGAAAAACAUCUCCUCUUAGGGGAUACUGCUCUCUCUGCACUCGUGUUUCCAUUUGUAGGGUUAUCACUGACUGUUAUUGGUGUCUGAAUUGUUUUUAGACAUGUAACACCUCUACACACACACACGCGCACACACACACACUUGCCUUGUCACUUGGGAUUGCCUUUAGACCUGUCUUCCUUCAUUUAUGUGCAGCAGUGUCUAACCAAGGAAUUUGUGUGAAAUCUCAUUUAUUUUCAUUUUCAUAGACGUGUAAAUUGGGACAAGAUCACCGUUGUGUGAAUUCGUGAAAAGGCUCUGCUGAGUAACUUUUUCUCCCACAUUUUCUUGUAUUUGUGGUCUAAGUUAAUAUUCUUCUACCCUUACUAAAAUGCCCGGCCUGCCUUAGCUUGCUGUUCCAUAAUAGCUCCAUCAGCAUGCUUGUUGUGUGUAUGGAACCAUUCACCCCAAGAGAGAAGUGGAAAAUGGACCCUACAGGACUUUUUCUUUUUUUCUUCUUCUCCCUCAAAACACAGUAUCAAAUAUCGCACUCGUGAUGGAAGAUCCGAUAACAGUCCCUUGGAAUGUCGCAGAGCUCAUAAUCACUGAACAUCCUGGUAUCAAGUGAAAUCAUUUUGCCAUUAAACCCUAUAUAAAGUUGCCUCUUGAAUAACAUGCUGAUGCUCUGCACUAUUGAUGGAGGCUUUUGCAGCGGCCAUAUAACCAGCUCAACUUGAACAUGCGCCCAGAGCCAGAAAGAAAAGGAGGAGGCAAGCUUUCAAGGGGAGCGAACUGAAAGACGAGUAGGGAGCGUUUACAAAAGGAGGCAGUGAAUAGGAGAGGAAUGAUUGUCAGCGCUAUUCACAUUUCUGUGCCUGUCCUUUUCAAAGUGCCACAGCGAAAGCAAGAGGACUCCCCAGUCUUCCCUCUCUCUGGUCUGGAUGCUGAGCUGUACUAUGUGAGGGACGAUGUGGUGAAUCAUUAUGCUCUCUCCUUCAUCCUGCCAGUACCCAGUGAGACCAACAGCCUGCACUUCACAUGGCACUCCAAGAGCAAGGUGGACUACAGGUUGGGUUUCCAGGUGGAGAACUCUGCAGCCAUGGACCAGCCUCAUAGCAACAUUUCAGCCAAUGGAGAGGUCCCACUCACACGCUCGGUUUUCAGAGUGGACCUCUUCUGUUCUGGGAAAGUGGACGGUGAGGCCGUUCUGACGAUGCAGCUGAAUCUGACGAUCCACGCCAAUAACUUCACAGUGCUCAACUUCAAGCGCAGGAAAAUGUGCUACAGAAGAAUUGAACAGCCAGAUUCCCCCAGAAUCCUCCUUCCUUUCUCCAACAAAACAGGACCAGACUUAGACAGCGCCCCUACAACAUCCACCAGAGUGUUCUACAUUAGCGUUGGAGUGUGUUGUGCUGUCAUCUUCCUCGUGGCAAUCAUCCUUGCUGUGUUACACCUGCACAGCAUGAAGAGGGUUGAGGUGGAUGACAGUGACAGUGACAGUGGGAGCUCCCAGGGUCUUUCUCAGCCCUCCACUCAGACCACGCAGUACCUGAGAGCAGACACGCCAAAUAACGCCACCUCCAUCACCAACGUUCACGCUGGCUCUGCUCCCAUGCUGCAGCUCUCAGGUGCCUCCUUCCCCCACCCUGGUGCUCCUUCCCAUGAAAGCAAAACUUAUCCUUCAUUGCGGAUAGAGAAGAAUGACCUGAGAAGUGUGACCCUGCUGGAGGCCAAGGCAAAGGUUAAGGACAUUGCCAUCUCUAGAGAGAGAGUCACACUCCGAGACGUUUUGCAUGAAGGAACCUUUGGACGAAUAUUCCAUGGUGUCUUGCUUGACGAAAAGGACCCGAGUAAAGAAAAACAAGUGUUUGUGAAAACAGUCAAAGAUCAUGCCUCGGAGGUGCAGGUGACAAUGAUGCUGACGGAGAGCUGUAAGCUGCGAGGUCUUCAUCACAGGAACCUGUUGCCCAUCAGUCACGUGUGCACAGAGGAUGGAGAGAAGCCCAUGGUCCUGCUACCCUACAUGAAUUGGGGCAAUCUCAAGCUUUUCCUUCGCCAGUGCAAGCUUGCUGAGGCCAACAAUCCUCAGGCCAUCUCCCAGCAGGAUCUUGUUCACAUGGCUAUCCAAAUCGCAUGUGGUAUGAGCUACCUGGCACGAAGAGAGGUCAUCCACAAAGACCUGGCUGCCAGGAACUGUGUCAUUGAUGACAGCAUGCAGGUGAAGAUCACCGAUAACGCGCUGGCUCGAGACCUCUUCCCCAUGGACUACCACUGCCUAGGGGAUAAUGAGAACAGGCCCGUGCGCUGGAUGGCCCUGGAGAGCCUGCUCAACAACGACUUCUCCAGUGCCAGUGAUGUGUGGGCUUUUGGGGUGACUCUGUGGGAACUGAUGACCCUGGGACAGACUCCAUAUGUCGACAUCGACCCAUUCGAGAUGGCUGCCUACUUGAAGGAUGGCUACAGAAUAGCACAGCCCAUCAACUGCCCUGAUGAGCUGUUUGCUGUGAUGGCGUGUUGCUGGGCACUGGAUCCUGAAGAGAGGCCGAAGUUCCAGCAGCUUGUCCAGUGCCUCACAGAGUUCCAUGCAGCUUUGGGGGCCUAUGUUUAAACUCCAGCCUCAGGUUUUGUUCUGGGCCCCUGGUCACUGACCAGCACUAUCCCACAACAGGAAAAACAGCACCUGACUAACAUAAAACAUCUUUCUCUUGUCAGUGAUUUUGGGGAAAAAAAUGCAGUCACUGAGACUUUAAGACUUUUCUCUUUUCUGCUUUUUGGAGAAGUCACCCUUUUCUCCCUUCAUGGAAUAGUAAAUCCAUGCGUUUUCACUGUUGAAGAGCAUCACCUACAGCCUCACCACAAUGCACACUUUUCUUAAGAAUGCUGGUAUUAAUGUGUUCACAGGAAGCUAUUGUUCUUUUCAGCAGAGAACCUUUUCCAGUUAAAGACACUUGAGUUCAACUGCUGAGUAUUCUCAUAAAGCUUAUUUACAAUGGAUACUGUCUGAUUUUUCAGACAUUGUUUGCUUGGAUUAUGAUUUGUAUGUUGUUUUUGAUUCUCCAGUGAGAGGAACAGUCUCCACUACGUUGAAAUCUAAAACACUGCUAUGAAUUGGAAAAGUUGUUUUUUUUUUUUUUUUUAAACAGCGUGUGUGCGGAACAGAAUAUGCGCACAGAACGUUUGUCCGUCCUCCUGUUGGUACUUGUACAUUUGCCAAAAUAUUUUUUUCCAUUUGUUCAGCUUAAAUGAGCAAAAGUAUAGUUCUGCCACUGGUUAUCAGGAGAAAAUCAGUUUACUGCCUCGGUAUUUAAUUUUCUUCAGGGCAGUGGAUACGCAGGACUGUACUACUAUUUACUUAAAACCAGUGUUAAACUGGCUUGUGGUACAUAUUACAGCACAGAGAUAUCUAUUUCAUCCAAAAGAUUGAUUUUGCAAAGUUUUGAAUUAUGGUUGGUAAGCAAAACUAAAUUAAUAAUUACAAUAAUAGUAAAAUUUCUUACAGGGUUGUUACUUAUUCCUAAAGUUUUUGAUGUUUGUUCUGUGUCAGAACAAAGUCCUCCUUUUCUAUUUUUCAAAGAAUGCGUAAAGAUACACCAGUCACUGUGAAUAAUCAAAGUGUACGGCCUAUGUAAAAAAUGUUUUCUAGCCGUGUUUCUUUUUCCCUAGCAUUUAUAGACUCCUCUUGAUGUUGACAACUGCAUGUUGAUUUGAAAUGGUAUUAUGUAAACUGUUUCCUGAACUCAUAACUUCCAAUUAAAAAAGAACCCAAAAUAAAAUGGGUUCCCGAUGUCGAA